CUCUCAACCAUCUUGCUUCAAUGGCUAAAGAGAAUAACUGUCUCAAAGUCUCUAGAGUAGGAAUCAUUGGGGCUGGUAUAAGCGGAAUAGCAGCGGCGAAACAGCUUUCCGGUUACGAGCCGGUAGUGUUCGAAUCCACAGAUUCAAUUGGAGGUGUGUGGAAGCAUUGCUCAUACAAAUCAACUAGACUUCAGACCCCUCAAUGUGAUUAUGAGUUCUCAGACUUCCCUUGGCCGGAGAGAGAUAAUUCCACUUUCCCUACUUAUGUUGAGAUAUUGGAUUACUUGCAUAACUAUGCUACCCACUUUGAUGUUCUCAAAUACGUGAAGUUCAACUCAAGGGUGGUGGAGAUCAGGUUCAUUGGUGACCGGGAAACCACCAAUUUUCGUAGAGGAGAGUACGGAAACCUGCUGAGUAGUCGCCCGGUUUGGGAGGUCGCUGUGCAGACCAAACACUCCGAGACUCUUCAGUGGUAUGCUUUUGAGUUUGUGGUGGUAUGUAUCGGAAAAUAUGGAGAUGUAGCUAAGAUGCCAAGUUUCCCACCCAACAAAGGCCCUGAUGUGUUCAAUGGGAAGGUGUUGCAUUCACUCCAUUACUCAAAGCUUGAUGAGGAAGCUGCCUCUCAACUACUAAAAGGAAAGAAAGUUGUAAUCAUCGGCUACAAGAAGUCCGCAAUUGACUUGGCUGUUGAGUGUGCUGAAGCCAACCAAGCAGCAGAUGGGCAACCAUGCACCAUGGUGGUAAGGACACUUCAUUGGACGGUUCCUUCAUAUUGGGUAUGGGGGUUGCCCUUUUACUUGUUCUAUUCCACCAGAUCUUCUCAGUUUCUGCAUGAAAGGCCCAACCAAAGCUUGCUUAGGGAUCUCCUUGGCUUCCUUCUCUCUCCACUGAGGAGAGGGAUUUCAAAAUUCAUAGAGAAGUAUCUGGUGUGGAAGCUUCCACUGAUCAAGUAUGGGUUGAAACCAGAUCACCCGUUCGAAGAGGACUAUGCAUCGUGCCAAAUGGCAAUCUUGCCAGAAAACUUCUUCUCUUUGGCGGAUCAAGGAAUGAUCUCCUUCAAGAAGACAUCAUCAUCACCAUCCAAUACAUGGUGGUUCUCGAACGAAGGGCUCGAAUUCGAUGACGGUACCAAGCUUGAUGCUGAUGUUGUGCUUCUUGCAACUGGUUUCGAUGGCAAGCGCAAGUUGAAGACUUUGUUGCCAGAACCCUUCCGUAGUUUGGUAGAGGACUCGUCUGGAGUCAUGCCUUUAUACAGGGGAACGAUCCACCCUCUAAUACCACAUAUGGCAUUCGUGGGUUACUUGGAGAGCGUAUCGAACCUUCAUACUGCGGAGAUACGGUGCAAAUGGAUGGCUAGUCUAGUUGAGGAUCAAUUCAAGCUCCCUAGUGUGGAGAAAAUGCUGGAGCAAACAACCAAAGAAAUGGAAGUCAUGAAGAGGACUACUAGGUUUUACAAGAGACAUUGCAUUUCCACUUUUAGUAUCAACCACAGCGACGAGAUUUGCGAAGAGAUGGGUUGGAGUUCAUGGAGGAAGAAAAAUUGGUUCUUAGAAGCCUUCAGUCCUUAUAAUAGCCAAGACUAUGAAGAACAGAAAUGAUCCAAACUCA